AAUCAUACGAUGCCUACGCAAAUUUGAAUGUCGCGUGAGUGGGCGCGCCGAGCGGCCGAGCGCUGAUAUAGAUCGUAAUUCGUGAAACUAAACAAAAAAUAUUGAAUUUAUUAACUUUUCAGAUGUUCUGUGCCAAAGCAUGACGUCAAAGUGCAGCGUGAGACCGCUCAUUUUGAGGCACUGGCCAUCGGCAAUGAAGAUGUCCGAGUAUUUCUCCGAUUGAACGACCAUUUUCCACUUCAGAGAAUGGAAAACCAGAAAACUCCCGUUGCAAAGAAGCUACCAUCGUGGCUGCGAUCUUUCCGGACAUCUAAGAACGCUGCACCAAAAAACGACGAAAAUUUUGCAAAGCCAGCUAUCGCCCAGACCAAGGGAUUUCUUCGUUCAUAUCGCAAAAGCUUAGGAUUCAAAAAGAAUGCAGAUGCCGAAGAGGCCCAAGCUGGGGAUCUUGAUGUCGACAACUUUGCCAGGGGAUCACUCAUGUCUAUACGCAAACUUUGGGCGGCCGAAGCAACGGGAAAAACUUUCCACACAAGAGCCAGCACAGAGGGCGUAUCUAAGAAACCAUGUGCAAAGCCUCACACAUCUGGCAGUCCGAGCAAAAUUCCAAUUUCAGCACAGAUGCAGGUUCAACACAAGACGCAUCGCCGUUCCUUUCAUCAGUCCUGGUGUCCAUCAAACAAGGAGAACUGCGUCCCUUCCUCCACAGUCUUCGGGCAGACGACAGACGGCCGGAACUACAGUUCAGCCGGCAGCUCGGAUGGAAACCUGGCAUCGGAGAUAGUGCUGAGUGCAGCGAGACAUGCCAAGAACAGGAGGAGUUCCUGCAACUUCAAGGAGCAAGAAGUCUGGAAAGCAGCAGUGAAUAACGUCGGCCUCCCACGCACAUCAACAGAAACUGGACAGCUGCCGAAGUUGGUCGACGACAGGGUACGGAACACACCGAUGUCUCUUGUGAACGACAGUGCAAAUAUUACGGACAAGGUCACCAAUGGUGAGGCAGUGCAGAGCUGGGUCUUGCACCAUAACCCAGUAAGUACCACGACAGAGGUGCAGCCUUCUGGGAGGUUUGCCUCACAGUCACUCCUAGAUUGCGCAACUACCAUUCCGAAGUCUCUCUACUUUCCACCUGUGAUUCCACCAAGAACUUACCUUGCCAAGUUGGCACAUGCUAAAGCUCACUUGGCAAGGACUGGAACGAUCGAGCCUCGUGCGAAGGAGAGAACCCAGAAAGCUCUCCCCGCUGGAGUCAGGAUAGCCCCUUGCAAGCAGAAGCGAGUGAAUGUAGCUGGUACUUUCUUCCCGCCUUCCCUUUCCGAAAAGCCAAACUGCAAUUUGGCAGAUGUACACUUGCCGAAUUGCAGCAGGAUUGCAACUGCCCAGUGCAUGUCGAGGGUUCCUUCGAAUCCCCAAAUCAGCAAGCGACUAACGUCAUCUCGUGGACAGCACAAUCCAGCCUAUGGCAUUGCUAGCCAUAAUAGAACAUCAAGACAUGAGAAAGCUGGCUGUGGCAUAGAGUCUGAUGCAAUGGCAGAUGAUGAAAUUAGUGUUAUGAACUGCAGCUGCCAACAGUGCUUGCAACGAUUCAGCAACAUUAGGUGGCAGCCCCAAGCCAGGAGAGGGAACCUUGGAAGAAACAUCCAAGCCGCUUCAAAGCCCGAUUGCAUCUCGCCGGUCGCUGACAAGACAAAGCAUUUGGACAAUCCUGGAAACCACUGUCAAUGUUGCCACUGCAAAAACUUGGCUGGCAUCUCCAAGACAACCACCACAGAGCGUGCUACACCUCCGAUAUGCAAGCAGCCGAUCACAAAAAAGCCCGCUGCUGCCAAAAGCAUUUUGAACAGGCAGGAUGAAAUCAGCAGAGUUGUAGAAGAGGCUGUAAAAGCUAGCAUUGAGAAGCUCUUGUCAAUGAAUUCCAUUUCACUCAGCAGGUCUAGAUCCGUUGAGUCACUUCAAGAACCUUCCCCAACGAAAAAAAAAUUGGGGGCAUCACCUUUGAAGUACAUACUCUUGUCAUCCUGUCGAACUGGGGCUGGUGACUUACUAGCGGACUUGACUACAGAAACAAAGACAGAGAGUGGCAUUGUCAUGUCUCCGCAGUCAUCCUCCACGGAGGAAGCCUCCGCUGAAAGGAUAAGCUUCCGUAAUGGCCUUUCAGGGCUAGACAGUAGUGCAAUAGUGCAACCGUCAAGGUUGGAGCUCGAGCGUACAGCAUCACUUCCCUCUCUGGUCGAAAGCUGCAGCCCUUCAACAAGUCAGGUCUCAACAGCAUACAUCAAGCUCGUAAAACGAGUGAAAAAAGUGGGGGAUAAAGAAGAGGCUGGUUCACAGAAGAUGCAGGUAAAAGAAGAUCAAGAUGAGAGGCGCACUUCACCCGCAGACACACACAGCACAUGUAGCAGCUCAACAACUGGAGAGUGUUGGCAUACUGCUGAGAGCCUCGUGGGAGAAGACUCUUGCAGCCAAACAGAAGGAAUGACUUGUAACCUAGAUGAAGAUGGUCCAAGUCUUGGGACACUCAAAGAAGGAUUCCAGCAUUCUGCAGAUUGUCUCAAAGUAGGCCUAGGGAUAGCAUACGAAGUUUCACAAAAUGACACAAGUGUUUCCUCAGAAAAUGUUUUACCCAAGGCGAAACCAGAAAUGAGUGCCUCUUGUGCCAGCAUGGGCAGUUUGCUGAGCCGCCGUUCUCCUGAUGGAUGGGAGAGAACUCCUCCGACUGAUCAGUCAGCCGAGGCCGAAGAUGAGCCGUCUGAACUCAACCCUCAGGGCGCAGAAAACUGUGAAGAUCCCUGCUGCUCGGACGAUACCGGUACAAGUGAUGAUGAGGAUGACCAGCGUAUUCUAGAGGAGGUAAUCAGGAAGGGCAUGGGCAUGACUCCUCCCAUCAAGCUUCCCGUGAAGUUGCCAAGACCCGUGAAAAUGCCACGAAAGUUCAAGCCAGCUGAAUUCUUUGGUGGCAAAGCCAAGCUGAAACUCUCUGCCUACACAAACAGUGGACACCUUACCAUUCACAUAAUCCGUGCACUGAAACUGAGGACUUCUCAUGGAGCAUCUGUAAAUGCAUAUGUGAAGGUUGCGCUCCAGCCAGACUAUGCGAGACGUGCCCACUGGAGGACUCCGGUCGUCAAGAGCUGCCGAAAUCCGGAAUUUGACCACAAAUUCUCUUUUGAGCUGAUGGCAGAAGACGCUGACAAACGUCUCUUCAUAACAGUGUGGCACAGGGACACGGAUAACAAGCGCAGUGAACUCCUGGGAAGCAUGUCGUUUGCCAUGAGCAAGAUUUCAGACUGUACACAGUAUGCCAAAGGCUGGUACAGGCUGCUGAGGCAAGACCUCGGGAUGAGGAAGCACUUUGCAGCCCGAUGUGGGAAAAAGAAGGACGGUGAACGAGCUCCAUCCGCUUGAAGCUGCUUUACUUGACCUUUUUGCUAGAGGACCUAGUGGUAGAAUGCCCCUACCUUUGAACCUGUUGGUGCAUGUUCCUGUUGAGCUGACUCAAAUUACUGCAUUUUCAAAGCCAGCUUGAUGGUUUGUCUUACCCAUAGCUUUUCAUCAGACUUUCCCAUUUCCUGGGCCUGCGGCAGCGCACGCAAGUACUUUCAGCGUUGUUGUUCAUUCUCAGGGUAUCUUGUAAAGUUCAAAUGUUUGCAUAUAGAUGCAUUGUUUUGUUGACUUUUGGUUGUUGACUUUCACACGAAUGUCUUCUGUACAAUUUGUACCAUUUUUAAGUGUUGCUAUUAUAGUCAGUUUUUGUCUUGUUAGGCUUUACAGGCUUCUGGUCCUUACUUGAAUUAUAUAACUUGUUUAACAUUGUUGAUGCAGAGCUCUGAAUGCAAUGUAUGCUGUAGAUUGCAUGAUGGUAAAACUAAUCCACCAAACUGCAGAACAUUUUUUAUUUUUUUAUAAAAUAGCAAUAAAAAAAAAGAGUGGCUCAUGUACA